UCGACCUGGGCUAGCCUUCAUGCCCGACCAUCAGGAGACUGUCAGAAGCACGGAAACGUAGUUUUCAUCAACAACUCGGUGUUUUAUUUAAAUCUGGUAGUCGCCAACAUGUCUGCUCCUAAGAAGGGAGACUUGUCUUCGAGUGAAAAGGAGUUGUUUGAGGUUAUCACUGCAGGUAAUGUUCAAGAGGCCUCAAGGCUGUUGGGCUGUAAGGAUGUUCGAGUGAACUGUUUGGAUGAGUAUGGGAUGACUCCUCUCAUGCACGCCGCUUACAAAGGAAAAGCAGACAUGUGCAAACUGCUGCUGCAACACGGAGCUGAUGUGAAUUGCAAUGAACAUGAGCACGGAUACACAGCGUUGAUGUUUGCUGGCCUGUCAGGGAAGACUGAUAUCACCUGGAUGAUGUUGGACGCAGGGGCAGAAACAGACGUAGUCAAUUCUGUUGGAAGGACCGCAGGGCAGAUGGCAGCGUUUGUCGGGCAACAUGACUGUGUCACAGUGAUCAACAACUUCUUCUCCCGUGCUAGACUGGAUUACUACACCAAGCCCCAGGGUUUAGAGAAAGAACCCAAGCUGCCACCCAAAUUGUCUGGACCCCUGCACAAGGUCAUCAUGAGCACCAACCUGAACCCUGUUAAGAUGGUGAUGCUGGUGAAGGAGAACCCUUUACUGGCAGAGGUGGAAGCUCUGGAAAAAUGUCGCCGGGUGAUGGAGCUAAUCUGUGAGAAGUGCAUCAAGCAGCAGGACAUGAACGAGGUGUUGGCCAUGAAGAUGCACUACAUCAGCUGUGUGCUGGGAAAGUGUGCCUCCUUCCUCAAGGAUCGGGAGGACAAGCUAGAAGGCCUCAUUAAAAGUUUGCUGAAGGGUCGGGACAGCGACGGCUUCCCCGUGUAUCAGGAGAAGUUUAUCAGAGAGUGCAUCCGCAAAUUCCCUUACUGUGAUGCAACUCUGCUGCAGCAGCUGGUGCGGAGUAUCGCUCCUGUUGACAUUGGUAAUGACCCCACAGCUCUGUCAGUGAUGACUCAGGCCAUCACAGGUCAGGUCGGCUUCAUGGAUGCAGAGUUCUGCACGUCCUGUGGAGAGAAAGGAGCUGAGAAGAGAUGCUCCAUCUGUAAAAUGGUGAUCUACUGCGGCCAAGCAUGCCAAAAGAUGCACUGGUUCACCCACAAGAAAGUUUGUAAGAAGCUCCAAGAGCAGAGAGAGAAGCAAGAAGCAGAAACAGCCAAACUGAGGAUGCAGCAGAGCAAAGAGGAGACUAAAGCAGUGCAGGAGGCCACAGAGUCCAUGCAGGAGCUCUCAGUGGAGUCCAGUAGUGAGGUUGCUCCCUUAGACUCUGCAGCAGAAGCUCCAAACCCCACUUCCAUCCCAGCUGCCGACAACUGAAGAUGGCCUUAACAGUGGACGGCACAAAGCCAACCAACCAACCAACCAACCAACCACCCUUCUACAGAAUACAUCCAUGCCCCACAGACAGAGACCAAACUGCAGUUACACUAAAAGCCAGGCAAAGACUGGUCCAGGAGGAUAGAAGAACCUGUAUUUACUGUCAGUCUGAGACUGUCAUCAGAGCAGGGGGACACUAAAUCAUACAAGGAAUGUUUGUGCCACAACUGUCAUCUUUUUGUCCUUUUUUCUCUGUUAAUUUUUCAGAUAAUAUUGUCAUAUGUGAAUGUGAACACUGCAUAGACUGGUGUGUUUUGUGGUAGAGGUCACUUGGAGGAAUCGUGGGGAAAUAUAUGAAGCUCUAAUGGUUCACAUCCAUGAUGGAACGCAAUUCUGCCUUAAGAAACUGUAGCAAACUGUGCGGGACGGAAGCGACUGUGUAGGCAAUCAGAGCUGGUGUUUGUUUGCAAUAUACUUGGAUUUGUUAUCGGGGUGUUUCUUUUGUACAGAUAACCUCAUGGUAGCUUGUGAGUGGAUAGCAUGGCUGCACAAUGUUGACCAAAAAUGUAUAUUUUUAAAUAUGAAUGACUUAAACAUAAGUUUAUUUUUAGUGUGUCGUGAAUUGUGACGUUAACGCUCAGGAUUUUCAAAAAAAUUUAACAAAAUGAAAAUACAUCCUUAGUUGGCCAGGCAUUGCUUGUAUACAGCACAAGAAUAUUAUUAUAUUAUUUCUUUCAUUUCUUGUGCAGCCCGAAUGGACAGAGAAACUAGAGUCAAAACAUCAUGUCCAGUAAUUGUUUGACCUGAACGCUGAAGACAUCCAACAUGUCCAACAACUUGAUCUUAAGUACAUUAAAUAAAGACCAACUUCACCGA